AUGGCAACACAAAAUUUGCCCUCGGCUAUCGAACAGCCCAUAAUCAAGCGCGAGACCCCAUCGAUUCUACAUGGCCCCGUCGACCCUCCUUUGAGCGACUUCACCCUCGGUGAGCUUCUCGAACUACAGUGCCAGCACAAUGGCGAGGCAGAUUGCAUCAGCAUCCCGUGGACAGGCGCCCGCUGGUCAUACGACGACCUCCGCCGGCAGUCCAGCCUUAUCGCGCGGGCCCUACUCGCCGAAGGGAUCCGACAUGGCGACCGGGUGGCCAUUAUGGCUGGCAAUUGCGAGCAGUAUGCGGCCAUCUUCUUCGCAGUGGUGAGGAUCGGCGGCAUCCUCGUUAUUCUCAAUAACACAUACACACCCUCCGAGGCCAUAUACGGGCUUGAGUUCACCGCGUGCAAGGUCUUCUUCACGACCAAGAAGAUCGGAAGGACAAACAACGAGCCGCUGCUCGCACAGGUAGCGGCCAAGGACAACGCGCCCAAGGUGGUCAUCCUCAGGGGGGAGAGUGAGGGCUACAGGACAUAUGAGGAUAUGAUCCUGCAAGGGAGCAAGCAAGACCCAGCAGAGCUGUACAGUCAGGAGACUAAGGUGUCGACGUACGAUGUGUGUAACCUCCAGUUCACGAGCGGCACGACGGGCAACCCAAAGGCAGCAAUGCUCACCCACCACAAUAUCGUCAACAACUCCCGCUUCAUUGGCGACCGCAUGCGCCUCACCAACUACGAUGUCCUCUGCUGCCCACCGCCGCUGUUCCACUGCUUCGGCCUCGUGCUCGGGCUACUGGCCGUGAUAACCCACGGCGCCAAGAUCGUCUACCCGGCCGAGGUGUUUGACGGCCCAGCAACGAUCCGCGCGAUCCAGGAGGAGCAGUGCACAGCACUACACGGCGUGCCGGCCAUGUUCGACACGCUGCUCGCGCUGCCGGAGGCGGCCUCCCUGGACGCGUCAAAACUAAAACUGCGCACGGGGAUCAUCGCGGGGGCCCCCGUGCCGCGGUACCUGAUGGAGCAGCUGGUGUCGAAGCUGGGCAUGAGCGAGUUCACGUCGUCGUACGGGCUCACCGAGGCCAGCCCGACGUGCUUCAACGCCUUCACCGACGACCCGAUCGGCACGCGCCUCAGCACGGUGGGCACGCUGAUGCCGCACGCGUACGCCAAGAUCGUCGACCGCGACGGGAACACCCUUCCUGUCGGCCAGAGGGGCGAGCUGCUCAUGGGCGGGUACCAGCUGUGCGCGGGCUACUGGAACAACAGCGAGAAGACGGCCGAGGUCAUGACGCGCGACGAGAACGGCAUGCUCUGGCUUCACACGGGCGACGAGGCCGUGUUUGAUGAGCAUGGGUACUGCGGCGAGAACAUCUACCCCCUCGAGAUCGAGGAGCGCCUCAUGGCGCACCCGUCCGUGUCGCUGGCGGUGGUCGUGGGCCUCAAGGACGAGCACUACGGCGAGGUGGUCGGCGCGUUCCUGGACAGCAAGCCCACGGCCAAGGGGGCCGAGUCGCGCCUCACCAAGGCCGAGGUGCGCGACUGGGUCACCAAGCGGCUGGGCAAGCACAAGGCGCCCGCCCACGUCUUCUGGAUGGGCGAGGGCGGCGUGCCGGCCACGGUGCCGCUGACGGGCAGCGGCAAGGUGCGCAAGUUUGAGCUGGCCAAGCUCGGCGAGGAGAUCCUGUCCAAGGGGGUGGGCAAGGAGGCCAAGCUUUGA